AUGAUCAUUAUUGUUGUGCACAGUUUGGUAGCGGAAGCAAAUAUUGACAAUUUAGUGCAAAAAGCUAAUAUUUAUUAUCAACAGCCUCUACAUGAUGGCAAGGCCCAUGAGUUCACUUUAGAUACAAUUCUAGAACCGGCCAGUAAAACGGAUAUAAAAGUUAUUGUACAUGGUUUUCUGGGAAAUCGUUUUCAUUACUCGAUAAGACCCUUAAGAAAUGUGUAUAUGGCCCAGGGUAAGGAAAAUGUCUUCUUAGCAGAUUGGGAAGAUGCGGCCACCUUAGAUUAUGCCAGUUCUAGAAUAGCAGUUGCCAAAGUUGCUGUUUUCUUGGCCAAAUUAUUGGAAAAAUUCUUAAAUAAACAUGAAAUACCUUUAUCGGAAGUUCACAUAAUUGGCCAUAGUCUGGGUGCCCAUAUAGCCGGUAAUAUGGGUCGCUACUUUAAUGGUUCAGUGGGUCGAGUGACUGGUUUGGAUCCCGCUCUUCCUUUAUUCACCCCCAAUGCCGCCGACAGUUUACAUUCGAAUGCUGCUUUAUUUGUAGAUGUAAUACACACCGAUUUUCCAGUAUUUGGUGAUAAUACAGCACGUGGCAUGGCGGAUUUCUAUCCCAAUUAUGGUCAUGCUCCACAAAAGGGUUGUGAUGAUGUGGAUUUAAUAACUGCCAGUAAGUUAAUUUUUGAGGCUUACAGUUGUAGCCACAAUAGGGCCGUUUUAUUAUAUGCAGAAUCCAUUGCUUUACCCCAAAAUUUCCCAGCUAUACCCUGUUCUUUAGCAGCCAUAAAAACGCGUAAUUCCGGCUUAUGUUUGCAAAAGUUAAAUAAAGUCAUUCCCACAAAGUCUUCAUUGGCAGAAGCUAUUGCUUCGAAAAAUGAUGAAGUUAUUGCUUAUAUGGGUGAAGCAGCUUCUAGAAGCGCCUCUGGUUUAUAUUAUUUGGAGACUUAUGAUGCGCCACCUUACGGCAUGGGUGUGUACACUCAGUUAAAUUGA